CUAUAUCAGCAAGUGCAGUCAGAGAGCAGAGGGACAAUCACGCCAUCCUCUCGUGCGGAUAACCACAAGACUUUGACAUUUUCUCCAGGUUUCGGAAUCUCGUUACCAAAGGCUGCAUUUAAAAGUCCAGGAGCACCAAAACGUACCGCAAGGAUUGUCACUGCUGUUGUGUCUCAAAAGUGGCAAUAACAAAGACGUGCCAAGAUGAGUGUGAACGUGAAUGACUUCAAUGACAUUUUGGCCGCACUGGGUGAUCUGAACUUCUCAGCCCUUGAUGAUAAUAUCUCCCAUGUGGAAGUGUGUCACAGCACCUUCAGCCAGAGGGCUUUGCUCUAUGCCCUCUCUAUUCUCUACAUCUUCCUCUUCAUCAUCGGCCUGGCUGCCAAUGCUCUGGUGGUGUGGGUGAAUGUGCGAUCUGAAAGGAAACGUUAUGAAACUCACCUGUAUAUCCUCAACCUUGCCAUCGCUGACCUCUGUGUAGUGGCCACUCUUCCGGUCUCCAUUAGUUCUCUGCUUCAACUCGGCCACUGGCCGUUUGGUGAUGCCAUGUGCAAAAUUACACACCUGGUCUUCAGUGUCAACCUCUUCAGCAGUAUCUUUUUCCUUACAUGUAUGAGUGUGGACCGCUACCUGUCCGUGAAACUUUUUGGAGAUAGUCCCAGUCAGAGGAAGAGAAGGACCAGGCAGCUAAUUUGUGUUGGCGUUUGGCUGCUGGCAUUCUUUGCCGCCCUCCCUGAAACAUACUUCCUCCAGGCGGAGAAAUACAGCCAUUCAGACAUCAUCAUAUGUAAACCAGUGUACCCGGUGGACAGUACUAAGGAGUGGAUAGUUGGAAUCCAAAUGAGCUUCUUUGUCCUCGGCUUUGCCAUCCCCUUCCCUAUCAUUGCUGUGUUCUACGUCCUCCUGGCCGGUACCAUCCAACCCUCAGCUGACCAGGAACGUCGUAUCAGUCGCCGCCUCAUCUUCACCUACAUUGUUGUCUUCCUAGUGUGUUGGCUUCCCUACCAUGGAGCUCUCCUGCUUGACACUCUAAUCUUUCUCAACGUGCUUCCCUUCAACUGCACACUGGAGAACGCUCUCUAUGCAGCACUGAAUCUCACCCAGUGGUUCUCUCUCCUUCACUGCUGUGUGAACCCCAUCAUCUACAACUUCAUCAACAAGAACUACCGUUACGACCUGAUGAAAGCCUUCAUCUUCAAGUACUCUACCAAAACUGGCCUCGCUAGGCUUAUCGAUGCCUCACGUGUGUCUGAGGCAGAAUACUCUGCUGUGGAGAACCAGGGACCAUUAUGAACAUUCUAUGAUGGUAUUGAUCAACACCAAACUUGUAAUCUCAGAGACAAACAGGGAACAGUCUUGUAAAUCUCUGUGGACGUCUUGCUCUUGAUGCAUUGCCAAAUUAGAUGUUUGUAAAAUAGUGAAACAACUUUAUAUUCAUAGAGUUUGCUUACCUUUAUAAACAGAUGAAUGUUUAUUCUUUUUGUUCAAUUCAGUAUGACAAUUAUAGAUGUAUUGAGAAAGCACUUGUAUUGAUUUGAUUUGUAAGCACAUGUAAGCGUAGUACCUCUAGCUAGGCUUUUGUGUCUGUGAAAUUGGUGGAAAAGGCCCCGUUCUGGUCCUGGAGCCACAGAGAGACUCAUAUAAUGUAACCCUUUUUCCACUUAUCUGUGGCUUUCUUACAUCUGCUCAAAAGACUCCAGCAUGCUUAAACUAUAGGUCAUGUUUUCAUACACAUUAAUGUACAGUUAUGUUAUGUCUGGUCAAACGGAAUGGAAUAUUGAAAACCCAAACAACCGAGUGGAGAGAAACGAGUCCAAAUCAAGAUUAGAUAAAGCUAUUGUAAAUUGAUGUCAUGCUGUAUGCUAUGCGUGGGGAAAAUGAUACACUUUUUUGAUAAGUUGUACAUUUCAAGAACAAUGAUAGCAGCAUUUGUAAAUGUUUUGUAAAUAAAAUUAUAUUUAUAUACUCUGUGAAUGUGAUCAGUGUUUUGAAGUACUGUCUGACAUAUAAAAAAUGUGCCAUUAAAAGAUGUAUCAGUCUUCUCAGAA